CGUGAUUUUACUUCCGCAUCUCAUGCUGCCUCACUCAUUUAAAAUAGCACUGCGUACUCAGGGAAGUAAGAAGUGUAGGUGGAUGGGUUGAAGUAACCUACACACUCCAUGAAAAGGUGCAUUUAUUCAAUGGUGCUCUUAAACCGGACAGCACGCUUCGUGUGAGGACUAAUCAUGUCUCUGCUCAGAUUUGGAAGCAUACUGCUGCUGCUGCUGUUUGGACAAACACUUGGGGCGCCUCGUUCAUUCAGCGUGGAUUACCAGAACGACUGCUUUCGGAGAGAUGGGCAAGAGUUUCGUUACAUAUCAGGAAGCAUCCAUUACAGCCGGAUCCCCAGAGUCUACUGGAAGGAUCGACUGCUCAAGAUGUACAUGGCAGGCCUGAAUGCCAUCCAGACGUACAUUCCCUGGAACUACCACGAGGAGUCUCCAGGCCGGUACAAUUUUGGUGGAGAUAGAGAUGUGGAAUAUUUCCUUAAGCUGGCCCAAGACAUUGGUUUAGUGGUGAUCCUUCGGCCUGGACCCUACAUAUGUGCAGAGUGGGACAUGGGGGGGCUGCCUGCCUGGCUUCUCAACAAGAAAGACAUUGUGCUGCGGUCCUCAGAUUCAGACUACAUCGCAGCAGUAGAUAAGUGGAUGGGGAAGUUACUGCCGAUGAUGAAGCCUUACCUCUACCAGAACGGUGGUCCUAUCAUCACUGUACAGGUGGAGAAUGAAUAUGGCAGUUAUUUUGCCUGUGACUACAACUACAUGCGCCACCUGAGCAAACUGUUCCGGUCUCACCUGGGCAAGGAGGUGGUGCUUUUCACCACAGAUGGCGCUGGGCUCAACUACCUCAAGUGUGGCUCAAUACAAGGUCUCUACGCCACUGUGGACUUUGGGCCAGGUGGAAAUGUAACCGCUGCCUUUGCUGCACAGAGACACGCUGAACCUCAUGGACCUUUGGUGAACUCUGAAUUUUACACUGGCUGGUUGGACCACUGGGGGUCAGGUCACUCUGUCGUGUCAUCCGCCAAAGUGGCGAAGUCCCUCAAUGAGAUGCUGGCCAUGGGCGCAAACGUCAACCUGUACAUGUUCAUAGGAGGAACAAACUUUGGAUACUGGAAUGGUGCCAACACGCCAUACAGCUCACAGCCCACAAGCUACGACUACGACGCCCCCCUCACGGAAGCAGGCGACCUCACAGAGAAGUACUUUGCUAUUCGAGAGGUGAUUCAAAUGUACCAUAAGAUACCAGAAGGACCAAUACCACCCACAACUCCAAAGUAUGCAUAUGGGACUGUUGGGAUGAAAAAGCUCCAGACGAUAUCAGAUGCCUUAGAAACACUGUCUUUUUCUGGUCCCGUCAAAAGCAUGUAUCCUCAGACCUUCAUUGAACUGAACCAGGCCUUUGGUUAUGUGCUCUACAGGACUUCACUGCCCGUUAACUGCAGCACACCAACUCCUCUGUCAUCUCCUCUGAACGGGGUCCAUGACAGAGCCUAUGUGUCAGUGGAUGGGGUGGCUGUGGGGAUUUUUGAAAGGAACCAAGCCAUAACUGUCAAAGUGACUGGUAAAGCUGGCAGUCAGGUGGACAUACUGGUGGAGAAUAUGGGCCGAAUCAACUACGGAAAAGACAUCAACGACAUUAAGGGCCUAGUGUCCAACUUGACUCUGGGGAAAGAUGUGCUAACCGGCUGGACCAUGUACAGCCUCAGUAUCGAUGAGGCGGUCAGCCAGGGCCUUCUCGGUGAAACCAAACCAACAGACCCACCUCAGCCUGCUGCUCUCUCCCUUCCAGCCUUCUACGAGGGAAGCUUCAUCAUUCCUGGUGGCAUCCCAGCCCUCCCCCAGGACACCUACAUCCAACUGCCCAAAUGGAGGAAGGGGCAAGUUUGGAUUAAUGGCUUCAAUUUGGGACGUUACUGGCCAACCCGAGGACCGCAGGUGACACUUUUUGUUCCUGCCAACAUCCUCAGCACAGCUGCACCCAACAAUGUGACUGUUCUGGAGCUGGAAGAGGCUCCCUGCAGCUCAGGGCCAUGUAGUGUUGAAUUUACUGCCACCCCCAUCCUGAAUGCAACAGUCCAGUCAAACGACAAACAGCACCAGCAUAGGCAGGAUAUGAGACAGUGGGACCCUGUAAACUGGCACAAGUAAAAGCCAAUGACUAAAUAUACUUGUACCUCAAUAGGAUUUACAGCGCACAUACACACGAUUAAUGCCAACAGCACAUUAACUAAGACAUUCACCUGCAUCUUAAAACCAAAGGCACAAAAUAAAAUUAAAAUCUAUGACCAGAAAGACAGAA